CCAUCGCAGUGGUUGUUAGGAGGUUCGAUAAUUAAAAAAAAAAAUGACGGCUAAAUUUAUUCAAGAGAAUAUUUUUGUUUUGAUACUUGGAGUGGUGACCCUUACUGCCGGUAUAUUUAUAACAAAAGAUGAGUGUCCGCCUAACGAGGAAUACCUGCUGUGCGGUUCAGCAUGCCCUUUCAACUGCACAGACCCCGUCGGUCCCAUCACGUGCUCUGAGGACUGUGUCGAAGGCUGCUUCUGUAAGACUGGUUUCUUGAGGGACGAGAACGGUACCUGUGUUAAUGCUGAACGGUGUACUGGAGGUAAGAAUCCAGUAUGUGAUGCGAACGAAGAGUUUCUCUCUUGUGGCACUGCCUGUCCCGGUACAUGCGCGCAGCCUGUUCCUUUAGUCUGUGGAUUGGCCUGCAGCAUGGGAUGCUUCUGUAAAUCUGGAUACGUCCGAGAUGAGACGAGCAACAAUUGUGUAACUUUGGACAAGUGUCCGCCGCAACAAUGCUUCAACCAGAACGAAGUUUACGACAUAUGUAACGCGAACUGCGAGCCAUCUUGCGACGAUCCGGAGCCGAUUUGCACGAAACUCUGCCAAUCGGGCUGCGUAUGCGCAACCGGAUUAUUGCGUAACGCUGACGGAGAGUGCGUUAGCGUCGACAAGUGUCCAGCGAGCAAUUCCACCGAUCAGGGACUCUUGGGGAAAUACCUGAACGCCAUUAAUAGGAUUAUACAUCUUUCUAGUGUUUAAUUAUAUAUAUAAAAAAAUACUAUAUAAGUUUGGAAAUAAUGAGUAACCUAUAGAUUAAAUUAAUUGACAUAUUUAAGAUUAUUUUCAAGGGGAUUUAUUUAAUGGAUGAUAAUGGAAUAGUGACCCCCGCCUGCGCUGUCGGUAUACGCUGACGGGGCACCAGUGAAAGGGGAUAGGUGAGGAUGAAAGCAGAGCAAUUGGCACAUUACGUACACAACGGAUUUAAAAAUUAACCACGAUAGCUUCCAGGGGUUGGUCCACCUUAGUGGUCGACCUGAUAGGGUAUAUUUUUCAGGGGCGUCUGGUCCCUUUAAGAAGAUGUAUACAUAUGUUUAGCCAUCUCCUUGCCCAUAGCUGACAGUUCCGGUCUUUAUUUUGCGGUGGGCACCGAAAAAUUCUGCGGUGGGUAUGGAACAACCCCAUCUAAAUUCGCCAUGACUGUAUUUAAAUACUAGUAGAAUGAGACAGAGGUACCCAAGUACCUCUGUCCCAUUCGUGUUUCAACCGUGAAGCAGUUGUGUUUGCAUGGCUGUGUUUCAGUUUGAAGGGUGGGAUAUGGCGUGAAUUUACUGGGUACAGAGGAAUAACACCUGAGUCCUCAGGAAUGGCAACGCAUGGGGGGUAUCCUGGGUGAAACAGUAUACUUUGUUUGUUGCUCAUUCCUAUAGGCGACGGUUACCACUUUCCAUCAGGUGGGCCGUCAGCUUGUUUGCCAGUCUAAGUUGUAUAAAAAAAAAGAAAUGUCUUCAACCUCACCCAUCAUCCUUCACUGGUGCCUCGUCAGUGUAUACCGUAGCGUAGGCGGGUUUUUUUUUUGAUAGGUGAAAAUGGUAUGGUAACCCCGCCUGCGCUAACGAGAUACGCUGGCGGGGCACCAUGAUAGUUCCCAGGGGGAACCCGAGGAGGUCGACCUGGUUGGGUAUAUUGCUAGCAAUGGGAUUCUCAAUCUCCAUUACUAACAAUCCCUUUCCCCCCGCGUAGGCGGGGUUAACAUUCCAUACUCAUUCAUUAAAAAAAAAACUGUACUUGUGAAUAUAUUGUUAGUGUGUAUACUUAAUUAUAUUGCUCUUGAAGGAAUCUUGAAUAGAAUAGUUAAACUUAUAAUAGCUUAUUCAUAAAAACUGAAACGUGCCUAAAAUCAAUUUGAACUAUUACACAGUUUUGUCAAAUUCAUUCAAAUUCAGAACUUAGCACAAAAGAAAGAGAUAAAACAAUUUAAUAGCUAAAACAGGCUUAUGAGAGGCUUGACGUUUUAUAUAAUCUAUACUUAUAAUAAAUCUGUAUAGAGGUCAAUUAUGUACAUGAAAUAUAUUUCCAAAAUAACUAUCAGGGGGUGAUUAGCGAUCGAUAUUGAUGCCAAAAAUACAGUAAAAUUUUUGUCUGUCUGCCUGUAUGUUCGCUAUAGAAACAAAACUACUCGACGGAUUUUAACGAAACUUGGUACAAUUAUUCUUCAUACUCCUGGGCAGGUUAUAUUAUACUUUUCAUCACGCUACGAUCAAUAGGAGCAGAGCAGUGAAGGGAAAUGUUAAAAAUGUCCACUCGUGCGACGCCGGGGCGGGCCGCUAGUUUUGAAUGAAGAUGUACACCAGGUAUUAACUAUAUAAGUUCCAACUAACCCUGAGUGGAAAAGAGCAUUAAUUACCAGCGGAAAGUGUGCGGACAAUAAGAAGAGGAAACAUUAUGGU